ACACCUCCCUCUUCGCUCUAUCCAUCCCGCUGAGACAGCAGCCCAGAACAGCAGUCGCGACUACGAUCACUUCACAUCACAUCACACAACAUGGCAGACUUCGAGAACAUCGCGAAGCAAUUCGUCGAGUUCUACUACAAGACCUUUGACAGCGAUCGCUCUCAACUCAGCGCCCUCUACCAAAAUGACUCCAUGCUCACAUUCGAGGCCGCACCCUGCCAGGGAACUGCGCAAAUCGUCGAGAAGCUGCAAGCUCUUCCAUUCGCCAAGGUCGAACACCAAGUCGCGACACUCGAUGCUCAGCCAAGUGAUCAGGCCGGCGGCAUUCUGGUCAUCGUGAGCGGCGCGUUGUUGGUCGAGGAGGAGAAGCGCCCCAUGAGCUACGUCCAGACCUUCCAGCUGAAGCCCAAUGGCCAGGGUAGCUACUACGUCUUCAACGAUGUGUUCCGUCUCGUAUACCCAUCCAGCGGUUGAGUGUGAAAAGAGAUAGAGGGCAUACCCGGGGAGCGUCAGGCAGAAAUGGGAUGAGAAGAGCGAGAUCGGGACAUGGACGAGACUCGGUUGGAGCAUGGCACUUGGGGGCGUUCAAGAAGUCUAAAGGACGAUUUGACCAAAACGCUGGUCUGGCCGGCGAUGGGUAUCGACUGCGCGAUCCAUCGUCGUGGAGCCCAGU